UGUGAUAUCAACAAACUUGUCUGCCAACGGUUUUCAACAGAUAUCGCGACAAUGGCCCAAGUUCCGGUCCAAACGAUCCAUAGGGAUCCCCAGUUAUUCUACUGGAUCCUCUUCCCCAUCACGAUCGUCAUGAUCCUGACGGGCGUACUCCGACACUAUGCGAGUGUGUUGAUGCAAUCCGCCCCCAAGAAGCUCGAUCAGAAGGCCAUCCGCGAACAGCGCUCCCUUCUCCAUGGAAUCAAUUUGCGCGGCAACUUCCACGCCCUCUCCAAGAAGUCGUUCGCCACACGCCGCGAUGCCCUAGUCACAGCCUUCGAGUCGGGCGCCUACCUUAAGGACCCUGAGCGCGCCGGACAGGGCCAGCCCAACCCACUGAGCGAUCCAAGCUCGAUGGAGGGCAUGAUGGGCAUGAUGAAGAACCAGAUGGCCAUGAUUAUCCCCAACACGCUGAUCAUGAGCUGGAUUAAUGCGUUCUUCAGUGGUUACGUUAUCAUGAAACUGCCUUUCCCUUUGACUAUCAAGUUCAAGAGCAUGCUUCAGGCUGGCGUCAUGACCAAGGAUAUGGAUCCCAGAUGGAUGUCCAGCAUCAGCUGGUACUUCCUCUGUAUCUUCGGUCUUCAGUCCGUCUUUAACUUCUUGCUCGGCAGCGAUAAUGCUGCAAGCCAAAUGGCUCAGCAGAUGGGAGGGAUGGGCGCGGCGCCCCAAAUGUUCGGCCCUGGCGUCGAUCCCGAUAAGCAGUUCAAGGCCGAGGCCGAGAACCUCGCAGUUAUCGAGCACUACUCGGUCCUCGACGAUGUUGAGGAGCGUCUUCUUGAGGGCAUUACGGUAUAAACUAAACAAAGGGCCUAACUUGAGAUGCCUCGAAACCAGACCACAAAAUCCUACACGCCGCCAUCAGUUUAGGGUGCAAAAUAAUAAUUGGAUAAUAAG